UCUUAUAUUCGACUGUUUCCAGCUACAACUCCGCAAUCCGCAAACAUGAAGUUCUUGGUUAUCGCCGUCUUGGUGGCUGUUGCCUUGGCUGACAAGCCGGCUAAUAAACGGGCCACUCCGGCUUACAAACCCGCACCAGCUUACCCUGCUCCGGCGUACCCUGCUCCGGGUUACAGCAAGAGUUACGAUUACCCCGCCCAGCCUUACAGUUUUGCGUACGACGUGAAGGAUGAUCCUUCUUACAACAACUUUGGUCAUCAAGAAAAUGCUGAUGGUAAAGCUGUGUCUGGAUCUUACCAAGUUGUCCUGCCCGAUGGUCGCACUCAGAUCUACACCUACAAGGACGAUGGUUACGGCUUGGUAGCUAGCGUCAAAACCGAAGGUGCAAUCAAGACCUACGAUUAUAAGCCAGCCUACACGGCCUCCGCCUACCCUGCUCCGUACUCUCCUAAAUACUAAACGGAAUGAGAAAUGAACAUAUCUCUAAGAAAUUUGUAAAAUUAAAGAAAACAAAUCGUUUUGGCUUUGAUGAGAAAAUGUAAUAAAAUUUUUAUGGAUUGAA